ACGUCAGCGUCCUCUUCCGCCCGCUCGGCCCCUGCCAACGAGACAGGGCAGCCGGAGCCGCCGCCAUUGUUGCCGGCCUUUUUUCCCCCUUCUUCCCUUUCACCCGUCCCCGCAGAAUCCGCCGCCAUCCGCCAACAUGGUGAACUUCACCGUAGACCAGAUCCGGGCCAUCAUGGACAAGAAGGCCAACAUCCGGAACAUGUCCGUGAUCGCUCACGUGGACCACGGGAAAUCUACCUUGACGGACUCGCUGGUUUGCAAAGCUGGGAUUAUCGCCUCUGCCCGUGCUGGUGAAACCCGCUUCACUGACACAAGGAAAGAUGAACAGGAGAGGUGCAUCACCAUCAAGUCUACGGCAAUUUCCCUCUUCUACGAGCUUUCGGAGAACGACUUGGCGUUUAUCAAGCAAAGCAAAGAUGGCUGUGGCUUCCUGAUCAAUUUGAUCGACUCCCCCGGCCACGUGGAUUUCUCCUCGGAGGUCACCGCUGCCCUGCGUGUCACCGACGGUGCCUUGGUGGUUGUGGAUUGUGUUUCCGGGGUGUGUGUCCAAACGGAGACUGUCCUGCGCCAGGCCAUUGCCGAGAGGAUCAAGCCCGUCCUGAUGAUGAACAAAAUGGACCGGGCUCUGCUGGAACUGCAGCUUCAGCCAGAGGAAUUGUACCAGACCUUCCAGCGCAUCGUGGAGAACGUCAACGUCAUCAUCUCCACCUAUGGGGAAGGCGAGAGCGGCCCCAUGGGCAACAUCAUGAUCGAUCCAGUUCUGGGCACUGUUGGCUUUGGUUCUGGCUUGCAUGGCUGGGCUUUCACUCUGAAGCAGUUUGCCGAGAUGUACGUGGCAAAGUUCGCCGCCAAGGGUGAAGGGCAGCUGAGCGCGGCUGAGCGUGCCAAGAAAGUAGAGGACAUGAUGAAGAAGCUGUGGGGAGACAGAUACUUUGACCCAGCCACUGGAAAAUUCAGCAAGUCUGUCACCAGCCCAGAUGGGAAGAAGCUGCCGAGGACCUUCUGCCAGCUGAUCUUGGACCCCAUCUUCAAGGUGUUUGAUGCAAUCAUGAACUUCAAGAAGGAGGAGACCGCCAAGCUGAUAGAGAAGUUGGACAUCAAGCUGGACAGUGAGGAUAAAGACAAGGAAGGCAAACCCUUGCUGAAGGCUGUGAUGAGACGCUGGCUGCCUGCUGGGGAAGCGCUGCUGCAGAUGAUCACCAUCCACUUGCCCUCCCCUGUCACCGCUCAGAAAUACCGCUGUGAGCUGCUGUACGAAGGGCCCCCCGACGACGAGGCCGCCAUGGGAAUUAAGAACUGCGACCCCAAAGGGCCUCUGAUGAUGUACAUCUCCAAGAUGGUGCCGACUACCGACAAGGGCCGCUUCUACGCCUUUGGGCGGGUCUUCUCUGGGAUCGUCUCCACCGGCCUGAAGUGCAGGAUCAUGGGACCAAACUACACCCCAGGCAAGAAGGAAGAUCUCUACCUGAAGCCAAUCCAGAGGACCAUCCUCAUGAUGGGGCGCUACGUGGAGCCCAUCGAGGACGUCCCUUGCGGCAACAUUGUGGGGCUGGUCGGGGUGGACCAGUACCUGGUCAAGACAGGCACCAUCACCACCUUCGAGCACGCCCACAACAUGCGCGUCAUGAAGUUCAGCGUCAGCCCUGUGGUGCGUGUCGCCGUCGAAGCCAAGAACCCGGCCGACCUGCCCAAGCUGGUGGAGGGCCUGAAGCGGCUGGCCAAGUCCGACCCCAUGGUGCAGUGCAUCAUUGAGGAGUCCGGGGAACACAUCAUAGCCGGCGCUGGCGAGCUGCAUCUGGAGAUCUGCCUCAAGGAUCUUGAGGAGGACCACGCCUGCAUUCCCAUCAAGAAAUCCGACCCGGUGGUGUCAUACCGCGAGACGGUCAGCGAGGAGUCGGGUGUGCUGUGCCUUUCCAAAUCUCCCAACAAACACAACCGCCUGUACAUGAAAGCCCGCCCCUUCCCCGACGGCCUGGCCGAGGACAUCGACAAGGGCGAUGUCUCCUCCCGCCAGGAGCUGAAGACCCGGGCCCGAUACCUGGCUGAGAAGUAUGAGUGGGACGUGGCCGAGGCCCGCAAGAUCUGGUGCUUCGGCCCUGACGGCACCGGCCCCAACAUCCUGACGGACAUCACCAAGGGGGUGCAGUACCUCAACGAGAUCAAGGACAGUGUGGUGGCUGGCUUUCAGUGGGCCACGAAGGAGGGUGCCCUCUGCGAGGAAAACAUGCGUGGCGUCCGGUUUGAUGUGCAUGAUGUGACCCUGCACGCGGAUGCCAUCCACCGCGGGGGUGGCCAGAUCAUCCCCACAGCCAGGAGGUGUCUCUAUGCCUGCGUGCUGACGGCCCAGCCCCGCCUCAUGGAGCCCAUCUACCUUGUGGAGAUCCAGUGUCCAGAGCAAGUUGUGGGUGGCAUUUAUGGUGUGCUGAACAGGAAGCGGGGUCAUGUCUUUGAGGAGUCCCAGGUGGCUGGCACCCCCAUGUUCGUGGUCAAGGCCUAUCUCCCUGUCAACGAGUCUUUUGGCUUCACGGCUGACUUGAGAUCCAACACAGGUGGACAAGCCUUCCCCCAGUGCGUGUUUGACCACUGGCAAAUCCUUCCUGGGGACCCCUUUGACAACACCAGCCGCCCCUGUCAGGUCGUCGCUGAGACACGCAAGCGCAAAGGGCUGAAGGAAGGCAUCCCGGCACUAGAUAACUUCCUGGACAAAUUGUAAAAAAUGAAAUAAAAUUGAAAUGCAACACCA